AUUGCUUCAUUUCUGUUUACAUUCUGUCUUUGGAAGGUUUGAAAAGUUUUGUCGCUUGUCGGGUACUGUGAGGGAUGUUUUAGUUGAUUUUAAUUUAUCCAUCAUAUUAUUGGAAAAAAAGAUCGGCAAAAAUGUCUGGAUUUGUUGCAGUUCAUACAGGUGCGGGCAAUAUACUUGAUGAAACCAAGUACCAGCGGGUUAUUAAGGAAGCUUGUAUAGCGGCGACAGAUAUUUUAAAAAAUGGGGGCUCUGCUAUGGAUGCUUGCGAGGCGGCCAUCAUUCGUCUUGAGAAUUGCGGGAAUACUAAUGCUGGUUUCGGAUCAAAUCUGUGUUGGGACGGAUACGUCCAAUGCGACGCCUCCAUUAUGAAUGGUUCAAAUUUACAUUUUGGUGCAUGUACAAAUGUAUCGACUGUCAAAAAUCCCAUACAGUUGGCAAGGAUGUUAUGCGAGGGCCAAGAAAGAAUGCUUUCAAUGGAGCGGAUACCGCCAAUGAUAAUGGCUGGAACUGGGGCCGAGAAUUUUGCCGAAGAAAUGGGAUGCGCUAUGAUAGACGCAAGUGCAAUGAUAUCGUCUAAAGCAAAAUUUACAUACACCCAUUACAAAUCGAAAGUGGGCGAUGGAGCAAAAGUCACAAGCACCAAAAUAGAAAGUAAUCCUGAACAGUCGGAAACAGUCGAUGCUGCUGAAGUCAGUCCUCUGGACACUGUGGGAGCUGUUUGCGUUGACAGUACAGGCAAUUCAGCAGCUGGAUGUAGUUCCGGUGGACUGAUAUUGAAAGUUCCAGGACGUGUGGGACAAGCUGCAACAUACGGGGCCGGCUGUUGGGCCACCGACACCGAUGAUCUAUCCGUUGCGACGUGCACUACUGGCAAUGGAGAAUAUCUGAUGAAGACUUUUCUUGCUAAAGAAAUAUGUACUGACUUAUUUACCUCCGAUUGUGCCGUUACCUCUCUGCACAAAACUUUCAAAUCGAAGUUCCUCGAAUCGCCAUUUCUUCCAGCAGAUCAAUGUCUUUACGGUGGAGCCCUGUCGCUAAUUUAUUAUCCAAAAAAUAACUGUGGAGAGGUCUUAUGGAGUCAUACAACCAAGUCAUUCUGCGUUGGAUACAUGUCCACACAACAAAAAACGCCAAAAUUUGUCUAUUCACCAUUGCCAGCAUACAGUCAGCCGGGGAAGUCGAGUGUAGUGAACGGCCACAAUUUCCAUUUGCGUGUAUAGUCUGUUUAGAUGUUUUUCUAUGUGACAUACCUACAUACAUAUAUGCAUGUUAUAUACUUCUAAAGGCGGUGGACUGCACGACUUUGAAGAUGUUGAUGUCUACGAUGGUCAAGAGUGGCUACAUAAAAAUAAUAUUGCCGCACUUAUGCUAAGAUGACGACGCUGAUGACAAUGACAUCUCUUGUUUCUUGUUGUUUUCACGCACAAAAAUAAUAUUUGAGGUUCUCCCAAACAUACAUAUAUCACCACAGUAUUUAGUAAUCGCAUUAAUGAAAAGAAACCAAUUAUAAAACUAUUAGUAUUAAUACCGUUUAGUCGUAUAUCGCAUCGCAUCAUAGACGUGAGUUAUAUAGAGAACACAUACGAAAAUUCUUGAAAAUGGAGAAGAUAUUAUUCUGGCGUCUGUUCUCUUUUGCUUACUGGUGUGCUAUGUUUGUUUGUAUGGAUGUUUUUUUUUUGUUGUUUGGUACUCUUUGCUGCAUCGUGAAUUUAAAUUUGAUUUACGUAUUGUCUAUGUAUAAUUCAAUAAAAAUAUUUCCCCCCCACACACACAGACACACAGAAAUAUGCAGACAUAUAGCAGAAAUUAAUUAAACACCACCGAUACUACAAAUAAAAAUACUAGAGGAUAAACAAAAGUUAUCGGCAGAUUGGAUGUUUAAUGUAGAGGGUGGUGGGAAUAAAUUGAGCAGCCAAAACAACAAAACCACCCUCUGUGUAUAUCUACGCAAAGAACGUGAAAAUUUCUAUUGACUUUAGGAGUAACAAUUUUUUGUUCUUUUUAUUUUUAAUAGGUAUUUUGUAUCGAACCAAAGACACAAGUGAUACACGAAAUGACCCAAAUGUUCCUUUCCAAUUCGAUUGACCAAUUUUUGUUUGAGCUAAAACUGGGCGGGCGUCUUUAAAGUGUCAGCCAAUCUCACAUUAUUUCUAUGUAUGGCACAUUCCACUGAUUUUAUGUUUGGCUGAGGUUAACCGCGAAACGUUGAUACAUUCUUUUUUAUCUAAAAAUCAAAUGGUAUUUUAAGUGAGACAUUUAUUACUUUGUAGAAAUAAAAGAGAAGUCAUUAGAAAAUA